GUUGUCUUUUCAAAGGGUCUAAGCUCAGAAUUACAGUACCUAGUCUAGCCCUUCAUGCACUGCAGUGGAUCAUCCGCUUUGAUCCUUCGAUUUUUGAGCAUUUAUGACAUCAUUUUUGAUACCGCGUUGAUCAACACGAUAAAUGGAGGAUGAAUUCAAAGAUUACAUCAUCGGCAUUGUAGGCCAACGUUUUCUUCCAAGAGCGCUGAAUAGCGAGUCGUCUCUCCUGGGAUAGAUUGCGCCAAUGUCCCUGGCAGAGCCAAACACGGCCAGCUGCCGCAUCUUCUCAGUGAGGGUCAAUUUACACAGACCUCUUCCUCCAGGAAACAAAAGAAGAGUUUCCUACAUUGCUUUCAGAUUUUGAGGAGGAUGAGGAGAAGGAACACGAAGAUCUGAGGAGGGUGCACCUUGAUACCCCAGCGAGAUAACCAGUCAGCUUGUUUGGAAGGAGCGCUUUCUAUCAAUUCCCAAUAAGCAGGCGGCAUUGCUGCCGGACCCCUGCAAAAUGGGGCUAACCUCAGCGAGGCCCUCAGAAGGAGGGAGCGCGACACAAUGGCUCUCUGCAGCCACCGUGACGAUUAUCCUUAUGAACCUCACCGGGAUGCUCCAGGCCAUCAGCGAUCAGCUGUUGCCCUCUGUGUUGCACGAGGUGGCCGAGAGCUUUGACGUCACGCCAACGGAGUUGGGGGGAGUGCAGGCUGUCCGUAUAUUUGUGUCGGCGUUUGCAUCCCUGAUCGCUGCAUACCUGGUCAGCAUGAAGGUCAACCGCGCGCGCAUUGUAGGAAUGGGCACCUUGCUGUCUGGCAUCACCGCGGCAGGGGUUGCGCUCUCCUUUCGCUACGGGUACAUGAUGGUCUGGAGAGCCAUUGAUGGACUCGCCCCCGCACUGGUGGUGCCAGCAGUGCAGUCAAUCAUUGCAGAUUCCUACACUGAAACGGAGCGAGGCAAAGCGUUCGGAUUGUUCUCCAUCUGCUGGAGUCUGGGGAGGGUCGUCGGCAGUCUCUUUGGCACUAUGAUUGCCAGUGGCAAAGUGGGAGGGUUCGAGGGCUGGCGUGCCGCGUUUUGCAUCAUGUCCUUCGGCGCGGUCUGCCUGGGCAUGCUCGUCAUCACGCUGGCGUCAGACCCGUCACAGCCGUCAGGCAAACGUCAGCAGCAAGAGUAUGAGCGGCUGGCCAGCUCCAAGGGCAGCAUCAGCCUCAAUACGAAGCAGAUUGAGGACACGAAUGCAGACACGUCUGCGUGGGGUUGUGUCAAGAAGCUGGGCGGGGAGGUGCGCGACGUGUGGCACGUCAAGACUUUCCGCGCGAUCGUCCUGCAGGGAGUCGUUGGGUCUUACCCCUGGCAGGCAAUGGCGUUCCUGACCAUGUGGCUGGAACUGGUCGGCUUCUCCCACGAGCAAUCCGCGCUUCUGAUCGCCGCCUUCAGUCUGGGCAACAGUCUCGGCUCCUACAUUGGGGGCUGCCUCGGAGACUUGGCCGCGCGCAAGCUGCCAAACACAGGGCGCAUCAUCUGCUCGCAAAUCAGCACGGGCUGCGUCAUCCCGACGUUUGCAAUCAUCCUUCAUGGUCUUCCCAGGUCCGUCUCGGCGUUCCCGUUUUACUGCGCGGCGUUCUUCAUCGGCGGCGCGUGCAUCACCUGGAACUCCGCAGCCACCAACAGCCCCAUCUUCUCCGAGAUCGUGCCAGCACGGCUGCGUACUACAAUUUACGCCACAGACCGCAUGCUGGAGACAAUCCUGUCGUCGUUCGGACCGUACGGAGUGGGCCUGGUCGCCGAGCACGUGUACGGCUACGAUCUGCACAGACAGACGAACGGAGCGGACCCGGCGGACGCGGCCGCGCUCGCGGACGCGCUUUUCAUGAACAUCGCUCUUCCCGCGGCCAUGUCUGGGAUCUUCUACACGUGGCUCUACUGGACCUACCCCAAGGACCGCGACGACGCGAAGGCGGCCGCACGCCUCGCGGCCGGCGAGGGCGCCCCCUCCACGGAGUUUGCGGAAAAGGCUUCGCUGCUCGCGCAAGACGAGGAGAUGGCGCUCCUCGCGACUACGCCCAAGCUGGCCAGCGCGCAAGGGACGGUGCCCCGGUCACGGCGGCAAUCGACUGUACAACCGCUCACAAUACAGUCUUGAUUCUUCGUUGAAUUCGCAAUGCUUCGAGGGUGAUUGGAUCGGAUAGCCAGUGUCGAAAAGCCUGCAAAUAUUGUGCGGAACCGUUGGGGAAUCACGUCACGUUUUGGCCGAUAAAGGAGAGCGACUGGUGGGUGAGAUCCUGGCAACAGAUGAUUGGUAGAAGCCGAGGGGAAAUUGAUACACCAUUUUGAACCAGUUUGGGAACCGUGUAAUCUAGAGCACAUAAACUCUACGUCCGCGCGCACGCCAACUUGAGUAAAUAGCCUCCGUUCUUGAGAACCUACUUGAUUAGAAGGCUCGCCUUUGUCCACAGAAACCUCCACAAAACAGAAUUGUGCAUAGAUUGAGUAAGGACAGCCAGCAAUUGUCCUACAUCUUUGUUCGUUAGCCAGCUAGGGUCUUGCAAUAAAUUCUUGUCGAUCUUGCGGGGCCGAGAUCCGACACGCGUG